AUGGAAGACGCCGACGAAGAAAUUAACUCCAGAGGGUCCUCCUUUGCACCGCCGACAUGGAUAUCCUUUUCAUCAUUUCCUCCUCAAGCUUCUCCAUCCCCGCGCCGGAUCUCCAGCAACUUCACCCCUCCGACCCGACCAGUACGAGCGGCCAAACAGCUAGCUUGGGUGUGUGGAGCUGAAGAAGCAAGCUCAGCUAAAUCCAUAGGAGGAGGAUUGAAUUCUGAGGAAGCUGCUGCUUGGGAGCUCUUCAGUCCAAUACAUAGGGUUCUGAUCGUUGCUGUAAUUGCCGUUGCAGCUGCCAAUUCGAAGAAGAACAAGCAGAUUAUUCAACUAAAAAAAUCUGUCGAAAUUAGGGAUCAGGUGCUUUUAGGCAUGCAGCAAAAGCUCGAGAGCAUAUGCAAGCAGGUGGAUUGCUUUAAGGAUCAGCCCGAUAUUCCGUCCUAUAAUUUCAUGAUUUCGGGUUGUGGGUGUCGGCUAUGUGGGAAUCAUCAACUUCCAUCGGUACCUAAAAAGGCAAAUUCUAGCGCCAAGGCUGUUGAUGAUGAAGCCAUGAUCAAGUGUAGAAUACCAGUGGAAAAUGACACAGAACCAGAAGAAUGCCGCAUGUCUGAUCUGUCGGAUUGGGCUCCCAGUGUCAGUUCCACAGUAGAUGGUCAGUGGAGUACUACAUCAAUUGAAUUAGAUCUCUGCAAGGAACUUAAAGACAAGGAUGCCAUAGUCAAUGAGCUGUUGGCUUUUCUCAACACAACCGAAUCCAAUGGUUCUAAGAGAAUUUCAGAGUUGGAAGACAUUAUCCAACACAAAAACAUGAUAAUCACAAAGCUUAGAAAGGAUUCGCUCGUUCUUGAGCAGAAGGUCAUGCACCUCACAAGGCUUAGGAGAGCCUCGACUUCUAAAUCAAGCCUGAGAUCAAGAAAACUUCCCACCAUGACAGAUAAUCUAGUUUAUGACAUGGAUAGCACAACCAGUCCAUCUUCUGAUUCAGAUAGCUCUACAAAAAAGCACCAGGUUUCUAGACUGAAGAACGAAGAUCAAGUUCUUUCUGUAAAGACCAAUAAUGACCAAAGCAACACCAGCUCUUCAAGAGGAAAACAAAAAACCAGACAGCCCAAUUGUGCUGAACUCAUGGUGAAAUCAACCAAAAAACCACCCAGGCCAAUCAGUCCUCUAAAAGAUAAGCCUAUGAAUCAACAAGCUCAUUCAUUGAAUGUUUCUAGAGAUUUUAAGAGUAGAAGUGGUACAACCAAAACUAGAGUUUCAUCUUCACAUAUAAGAUGGGUAUAGAUUAGGCUAAGGUUUUAUUAAGCACAAAAAUGGCUUGUAAACAAGGAAGUAGCAGUACGUAUAUAU